AAGAUCGUAACGAUACACCAAUGGCCUAUCAGUCUUUCCGGCAGGAGUACAUGCAAAUACCUGUAGUGACACGAGCUUAUACAACAGCUUGUGUCAUCACGACUCUUGCUGUGCUAUGGAGAUUAAUAACCACGUUUUUAUUUUUUGGAAAUAUGGGUUUCAAUUUCCUUUUCAACAUGAUCUUUACCUAUCGAUACUGUCGAAUGCUAGAGGAAGGAUCAUUUCGCAGAAGGACAGCUGACUUUGUAAUGAUGUUCAUUUUUGGAGGCAUAUGUAUGAUUGUAUCCUUUCAAUGUUUUAUUUAUUUUUCUGAGAUUGAUGAUAAAGUACAUGCACCAUUAUGUAUUUUAUUAUAUACAUUUGCAUUUUUUGUUAAUUUGUUAUUUCUGGGCCAUGCAUUCACGAUUAUGUUGGUAUAUGUUUGGUCACGGAGAAAUCCAUUCGUUAGAUUAAACUUUUUUGGACUUUUAAAUUUCCAAGCACCAUAUUUGCCUUGGGUUCUGCUUGGAUUUUCUGUACUUCUUGGUAACACAAUUUGGGUGGAUCUAGUUGGAAUGGCUGUGGGACACAUGUAUUACUUUGCGGAAGAUGUAUUUCCACGUUUGCGGGGAGGUUUUCGUGUUCUUAAAACUCCACAAAUACUUAAGACUUUGUUUGACGCACAUCCAGAAGAUCCAGAUUAUACUCCACCGCCUGAAGAUCGUCCUGGUGGAUUUAAUUGGGGUCAAGAAGCCAAUAUACAA